CUUCAAGAUCACUGUGUACACGCAAUACAAGGCGCUCAUUCCGAUUUACCCCAAAAAGCGAGAGAAAUGUGAGCAAAGUACUCUCCGUACUGAGCGGCUCUGCUUGAUCCCACAAUGACCCUUGGGCUCAGCCAAGUUCAUUGAGCAAUUGACGAUAUCCUCAAUCAGAGGCAUUUUUGAGGUCUUCUCAAAAGAACUCUGGUCACUUUGUCUGUUAACACCGACCGAACAUCAUGGGCGCUCCUGACAAAGAUUACAAAUUGGGUAGCAAUGAUGGUGUUGAAGAGAUUGAUCCCGUCACCGAGGCCAUGGGUGACUUUGGUCGCUGGCAGUUCGCCAUGGUCUGUCUAGUUGGCUCGUUUAUUAUCCCCUGUUGCUAUCCAGUGUUGAAUUUGACCUUUUUGAACGCAUCUAACGACUUUUGGUGCGCUCCGCCCGCUUCAAUCGCGGAUCGGGCAACCCUGGAGCAAUGGAGAAACAUAAGUGGGCAAGCAAAGCAUGGCGCGUGUCGUGUGUAUGAUAUUGACUACGAACGGGAUUUUAGCCGCUAUCUUUCCAUUCCGGAGAGCACACCAACCCGACCGUGCAAGAAAUGGGAUUAUGAUCGAACUGACUUUGAGACCACCUUCACCACUGAAUGGGAUCUAGUGUGCGAUAACGCCUACCUCAAGAGCAUUGCCCAAACCGUGUUCUUCAUGGGCAUGAUAGGAGGCGUGUCCGGAGCAGGGAUCCUGUGCGAUUGGUAUGGACGAAAGAAUAUCAUCGUGGCGCUUCUCCUGGCCAUGAGCGUGGUUGGCAUCGCUUGUGCUUACAUGCCUACUUUCACUCUCUUCACCGUUGGAAGAUUCUUCCACGCCCUCAUCUAUAUUGGGGUGUUGGAAUGCAUUUUUACCUGGGUCCUGGAGAUUGCUGGAGUACGGUACAAGGCCAGAGCUGGUAUUGGGAUCGAUUUCUUUUGGGUGGUGGGUUGGCUGAGCCUGAGCGUCAUGGCUUACUUUAUCACGGAUUGGCGUCAUUUGUUGAUGGCGACCUCUCUUCCCGGAUUCGCAUCAGUGGUCUUAAUCUGGUUGAUGCCCGAGAGUCCAAGGUGGUUGCUCUCAAUGGGGCGGGUCAAAGAGGCAGAAGACGUCAUUCGUAAGGUGGCCAAAUUUAACAAUCGACCAUUAGCUGUGGAUUGGAGUUUAGACACCAAGGCGAUACUAGGCCAAGCUGGACAGGUAGAAGUGGAGGAACAAGCUGGCCUUAUUGAUCUGUUUCGCACUCAAGAGAUGCGCAUGAAAACACUCAUUCUCUACAUUAAUUGGUUCGCCAACUCAUUUUGCUACUACGGCCUAACCUUGAACGCCCCAGGUUAUGGCACUAGUCCUUUGGUGAGUUUCACCAUCAACGGAUUGCUGGAAAUACCGGCUUACGCCUCCGCCAUUUUUUUGCUAUCAUGGAAAGGACGUCGGGUCCCUUAUGCCACAAGUAUGAUCCUGACAGGCAUCUCCCUUCUGUCAAUUUUGCUCCUACCAGAACAAGAAUCGGCACCUGCCAAGACUGCUGGUUUUGAUAAUGCCGCCACCAUCAUGGCUCUGGCGAUCAUGGUCUUUGGGAAGUUCUGGAUCACGGUAUCAUUCGCAUCGGUCUUCCUCUACACAGCUGAGCUCUAUCCCACCACAGUUCGAACCACAGCUCUUGGAACGUCUUCAUGUAUGGCACGAUUUGGGGGAAUGGCUUGUGGAUGGGUGGCUUUACUGAAGGCUUAUCACAGCAAAUUGCCCUUGAUUGUGUUCGGCGGAGUGGCGCUCUUUUCGGGGAUUAUUGCCAUCAAAUUGCCAGAGACCAAGGGGAAAAAAUUGCCCGACACAUUGGCAGAGGGCGAAGCGAUGAGGACGAAAAAGCUCUGUUGCUACUAAAACUUUUUCAAAAGCUUAAUCCAGUUGAACUGAAUUUUCCUAAUGAAAGCUGCCAUAAACUUCAUCCUGGCACAACCGGAAUCGUUCACUGAAAAAAAACGUGUAUGAUGCUA